ACGUUGAGAACAGCAUGUUUAAAAGGAUUGUUAGAUACGACUUUUUACCACGCAGUUUGUACACGAUGGUGAUGCAACAGUCCGCAGUGUCUCCGAGAGGCGUUUCUGUCGUUCCCCCCCUUCUGCUCGUGCCUGAUAAGAUUCGCGUUGGUGGACGCGUACAUAUCUAUAUUUAUAACAUCCUAUACCGCGAGCGACCGAGUCAUUCGUUCUCGGUCGUGCCGAUCAGUCACGAUGGAGUCGUCGUUAUUCUUGUCGUCUUUUGCGCUUUUGUUGGCCACUCUCGUCAUUAUCGGCGUGGUAAAAGUCAUCGCCAAUAUACACUAUCAGUACACCUACUGGAAGAAACGGGGUAUCCCUUACAUACGUACACUCCCGGGCUUGGGGACCUCUUGGAAAGUGUUCUUGCGACGCAUGAGCUUCGUCGAAUACAGCAUAUCCGCCUAUGAAUAUGUACCGGACGCUAAGUACAUCGGACUAAUGGACAUGGCCACUCCUCUGGUUUUAUUGCGCGACCCUGAGCUGAUCAGGGACGUAAUGGUGAAGGACUUCGAACAUUUUCCGGACCACCGCACUAUAGCGAGUGAGGACAUCGAUCCGUUGUUUGGUAAGAACGUCUUCGCCUUGCGUGGUGACCGCUGGAAAGAGAUGAGAAACACGUUGAGUCCCUCUUUCACCGCCAGUAAGAUGAAAGCUAUGUUUGAGCUGGUGUCGAAGUGUUCCCGCGAAUUUUCGGAGUAUCUGGCCGAUCAUCCGGAAGAAUGUUCUUCCAUUGACACGAAGGAGAUCUUCAGGCGCUACACCACUGACGUAAUCGCCACGUCUGCCUUCGGUAUAAGCGUGAAUUCCAUGAAGGAUCGGGACAACGAGUUCUUCACGAGAGGAGUGGCGUCCACCAAGUUCAGCAGCUUCUCGUUCCUGUUGAAGUUCAUGCUAUACCGCACGAUUCCGCGACUAACAAAGGCGCUGGGAAUAGACUUCUUCCCGCCAGCUACAUCGCAAUUCUUCAAGAGAAUCGUGGCGGAGACGAUUAAAGUCCGAGAAGAGCAAGGCAUCGUCAGGCCGGAUAUGAUUCAGUUGUUGAUGCAAGCCCGCAGUAAGGAGGGCCCCAGCGUGCAAGAGAUGACAUUGGAUGACAUCGUCUCGCAAGCGUUCAUCUUCUUCAUAGCCGGCUUUGAAACGUCCUCACAGCUGAUGUGCUUCGUCGGCCAUGAACUCGCGGUUAACCGGGACAUUCAGGACCGCCUAUGGGAGGAAGUCGAGAAGCAUUUCGCUGAAGGCAACGGCGAGAUCUCCUACGAGUCAGUGUCGAAGAUGGUUUACAUGGACAUGGUAGUGUCCGAGACCCUCCGCAAGUAUCCACCGGUGAUCUUUAUCGACAGGGUUUGCGUAAAGAGCUACGAGCUGCCUCCACUGAAGCCCGGUGGCAAGAGCUUGAUUGUGGAGCCCGACAACAUGAUAUGGGCCCCCGUUUACGCGUUGCACCUUGACCCCAAAUAUUUUCCGAACCCGGACAAGUUCGAUCCCGAGAGGUUCAGCGACGAGAACAAGGACAAUAUCGUGCCCUACACUUAUAUGCCAUUUGGCCAUGGACCCAGGAAGUGCAUCGGCAAUCGUUUUGCUCUGAUGGAAACGAAACUCCUGAUAGCUCAUCUCCUGCACAAAUUCGUCUUCAAGGCCACCGAGAAGACAAUUUAUCCUGUUGUAUUUGAUAAAAAUCAGAUCAAUUUGCAACCCAAAGGCGGAUUCUGGAUCGCAUUGGAGAAGAGGGUGUAGUAAACGAGAUGUUCAGUUUAGGAAUGACUUCUACAAUAUGGUAGAUGUUCAGCUGUUUGAUAGACAGGAUAUACAGUGUGUCCCAGUACUCGUGACAUUAAUUAAUAUGUGUAUUCGAACUUAAAUGGAGAUGAAAAAUCUACAGAAUGUUAAAACUAUUAUAGUUUUUAAAUAUGAAACGUUUCCAGAGAAUGGACAUAGUACAGAGCUCGCGCGCUCUCGUACGGUACAAUAUACAAUGAUUUAAGUGCCAUCAUAAAUUCUAAUUUAUAACAACAAAAAUAUUUUUGCAUUAGUAUCGCGAUAAGUAAUCUGAUUAUAUUUAUCUGCAAAUAAUAUAUCCCAUUCGUAUUAAUAAUAAUACGCAUAUAGAAAUGGUACUGAAUAUUGAGUGCGAUGUCUGGGAGCUCGGUGAAAGUGUGAUAAGUUGAUUGACUUCGCUCAUAUUGUAAGGAUGGUAUCAUGCGGCAGCUUUAUGUGAUACUUAUGACAUCGCACUCAAUAUUCUCCAUUAAUUUUACAUUAAUUUAAUUAUUAUUAUUAUUUAUACAUAUAUGAUACUGUUUCGUAUACUUGGAUAAAGUGGUUCUUUUUUGUAGGAGUGGACGAUAAAAAAUGCAAUGAUUUUUCAGACAUAUUUCUUUAUUUCUUAUUUAUUUAUAUACUGUAUAUUAAUUUAAUUUAAUCUGGAUCAACACUUGGGAUAUAAGUAUAUUAUAACAGUUUUAAAAUAAAAGCAGGUUAAUAAGAUUCGCUCGACGUGAUGAGCUCUGGAUAACUGUAGACAAUAUUUUUUAUAUGAACAUUAAAUUUUAUAUAAUUCCACUCGUGCAGGCAAGCGCGUGAACUUGGCGUCUUAAGUAUAUUUUUUUUGUAAAUAUAAAAGACGCGCGUUUAAACGAAAAAGAACAGGUUUAGAAAAAAUACGUUUAAAAUUGCAUGAAUAGUUCAAUGCGAAGUUCAUUUUUCACAUUAGCUGUACAUUUAGAGAUUGUAUGAGAUAAAUAUUUACGCUAGUUCACAAUUUUUGAUGUGAAUUUUAAAAUUUUUUAUUGUUUUCAUCACAUAAUGAGCAAUGCUUUAAUUAAUUUUUGCACAUAUUUUCAUUGCGUAAAAGCAUUUUGUAACUCUGCAUUUUAUAGCAAAUACAUCAUAUAAUUUCAGAAAAAUGUCAGUGUUUUUAAAUACUGUAUUUUUAAAUAUUAUAUGUUAAAAUAAAGUUUUUAAAUAAGGUA